UCACUGAAUUUCAAAUAAAUUAUUUGGAGUCGAAACUCACAAAAGAUAUUACUCAUCCAAUUUAAGUGCAGAUUGAAGUGUAUAUUUUUAUCAUUAUUUCAAGCAUCGAAAAUGAGCAAUGCUAACAUCGAAGAACUGGUUUCAAAAAUUAUUCCACCCUUAUCAUCCGAUUAUCACAAAGGACAAGCAGGUCGUAUUGGAAUUAUUGGUGGCUCUAAAGACUACACUGGUGCUCCAUAUUUUGCUGCAAUAUCUGCUUUGAAAGUUGGGGGUGAUCUUGUUCAUGUAUUCUGCACGAAAGAUGCUUCGCAAGUAAUUAAAGCAUAUAGUCCUGAACUUAUUGUUCAUCCAAUUUUAGACAGCGCUAGUUUUUCGAAAGAAUUUUUGGAGCACUUACCCCACUUGCAUUCACUUGUAAUUGGCCCUGGUUUGGGCCGAGAAACAUCCAUAUUUGAUUCAAUUCGUGACGUUAUCGAAUCAGCUAAAUCAAAAGAUGUUCCGAUAGUUUUUGAUGCGGACGCCUUAUUUUUCUUAAAUAACGCCCCUGAAGUUAUUCAUUCUUAUAAAAAAGCUAUAUUGACUCCCAACAAAAUAGAAUUUGGUAGAUUAUAUAAAUCUGUCACUAAGAAUAUGGCAGAGGAAGAAUAUUCUAAAGCUGAAGUUCAGCUUUUAGCUGAACUUCUUGGAAACGUCACCAUCUUAAAGAAAGGAUCAGUAGAUAUUAUAUCUGAUGGAGUGGAUACUUUAAUUUGUAACGAACCUGGAAGUUUACGAAGAUGUGGCGGGCAAGGAGAUCUAUUGUGUGGUUCUCUGGGUACUUUCCAUUAUUGGGCUCAUAGAACUUCUAUCAACUCAGUGAAUUCUCUAGAUUCAUCUUUAAAUCAUUCAAUGAUAGCUGCAUUUGGUGCUUGUUUAUUAACUAGAAGGUGUAGUUAUUUAGCAUUUCAAAAGUUUGGCAGAAGCUCUCUUACAACCAAUAUGAUUUCUGAAAUUCACAAUGCUUUUUCUGGCUUGUUUCACUGAGCUUAAAAAAUAUUAAUAUAUAUAAAUGCAUAUUUUUCAUAGUUGUAUUGCGGUUUUUAUGGGGUUUGCUUCAAAUUUUUAAUGUUUAAGAAAGGAUAUCCUCAAAAAUACAAAUACAAUAUAGAUUACCAAAAAACCGGCUCAGAUGGUAGUCCAGAUAAGAGAGAUUCUCAUAAAAGCUAAUAGUUUUUUUUAUUUUUUAAAGUAUAUGUAUAAUUGUUAAGUGCUUCAAGUUGCAUUAAGCUAGGAAUGCACCGAAAACCAAAUAUUUUGUUGGAAUUGUGACUAAAUACCGAAUUUUUGGUUAAAAUUUUUAAACUAAUGUUUGCUUUUUAUUUUAUCUCAACUUGAAAUGAAAAAUGUUGAUCUAUUUUGUGUUUUGGGAUCUAAAUUUCCAUUUAACUUUUAAAUUUAUCUGCAUUAGUGUAUAUAUUAAUUUAAAAUGAAUAAAAA